AUGGCCACUCAGAAACUAGUCUUUGUCACAGGCAACAAGAACAAAUUGGCUGAGGCCCGCGGAAUCCUUGGCGAUCACUUCCAGCUCGAGUCCGUCAACAUUGAUCUCCCCGAGCUUCAAGGAACGAGCCAGGAGAUUGCCAGCGAAAAGUGCAGACAGGCAGCCAAGAUUGUUAACGGACCUGUUUUUGUCGAGGACACAGGACUUGGGUUCAAUGCCCUCAAUGGCCUUCCUGGACCCUACAUCAAGUGGUUCUUGGAGAGUGUUGGUCUUGAGGGCCUGAACAAGAUGUUGGUUGGAUUCUCUGACAAGGGUGCUGCUGCGUACUGUAAUAUUGCCUAUACCACUGGACCAGAUGAUAAGCCGAUUCUCUUUGAAGGCCGCGUUGAGGGCAAGAUCGUGGAUGCAAGAGGUCCAACGCGCUUUGGAUGGGAUCCAGUGUUCCAACCUGACGGCUACGGUAAAACCUACGCAGAGAUCGACGCGUCUGUCAAGAACACAAUGUCUCAUCGAUUCCUCGCCAUGUGCAAGUUGCGUGAGCACCUUGCUGAGCAGGAGGCCCAAGCCUAA